AUGAAAGAAAAAUUAUUAGAAGAUGCAUUAGAAGAAUAUAGAAAAAUUCAUAAAAAAAAUUAUGAAGAAAGAAUAUUAAAGGAAAAUAAAUUAAAUGAAGAAUUGAAAAACGAAGAAUUAACAAAAGAAAUAAUUAAAAAUGAUGAUAUUUAUAAGCAAUUACAAAUAGAAAAGGAUAAAGAAUAUUCUAAACAAUAUUAUUAUGAAAUAAAUAAUUUACAAAGUAGAAAUAACAGAAGUAAUAAUAAUUCAUAUAUAUUAGAUAAUUACACAGAGAGAUUAAUAGACACACCACAUUCUUAUUUAGAAAAUAUUGGAACAGAUAAUUUAUUGGAUACUGGAGGAAAUAUAACCUUUACACAAAGAAUAAGAAACUUUUUUUUAAUCAACAAUCCAAGACAUUUUUUUGUAUGCACUACAUUUCAGGUGAUUUGUAAUAUUUCUGUUUUAAUUUUGGUAAUUAUAUUUAUUGUAAUUUUUGGUUAUUUGUGA